UUUCAAAAUUAAUCAUUAUUUGUGAGGUUAUGUUAUUUGUUAAGGUUAAGGUUAAAAUGGAUGAUUUUAUUCCAACGAAAGGCUCACAAAUCAAAGAACACCCCACGGAUAACUUUAAAGUAAUAAAAUAUGAAUCACACAAACCAAAAAGAAAAAAUGAUACUUAUAAAGAAGCAGUGGAAGAAAAAUUGGAUAUUAAAGCCAAUGAAUUGAAUAUAAAACGUGCCAAGUUUGAAAUAAUGAAAUUUGGAAUGUCUGGGUUUGAUCAGCAGAAAAAGGAGGAGGCUAAGAUUCAAUUAGCCAUAAAAUUGGGGGCGAAACCUCCGAAGAAUAAAUAUAGGAAUUAUAAAGAGUUGAUUGAAGAGAAAAAGAGGGAAAAAUUGGAGGAAGAAAAGACGAUUAAAUUACAGCAAAGUGGUAAAAAUAAAAUGGGGAAAUCUAUUGCUAAAGGAAAAAGCUUUGAUAGGAAGAGAAGGAAAGGAAAAGAAACGAAAGGUUUAUUAGAUGUUUAUGGUAAAGUUGAUAAAAAUAAAGUUAAUGUGAAUAUGUAAAAUAAAAACUUUUUUAUUGAU